AUGAUUGUUAUUAAUGGUAAUGAUAUUCAUGCACGACAACGUCGUAGUAAUAUUCCGUGUGGUGCAAGUUUUACGCCAUGUUCACGUACAGCACUUGCAUUUGGCCUACCAUCAAAUAUCGUCAAUGAAGACGAAACACAACCACAACGACAUUCAUCCAAAAUUAAAGGACGUUACACUGAUAUCAAGAAAUUAAUCAGUCGUCAAAGUAUUAUCAAUGCUAUGAAGGAAGCAAAGGAUGAAAUUGAUAUACUCUUCAAUCAAACUGAAAUUAACAUUUUCAAAAGCAUAAAUGCUUUUGAUGGUGAACCAUCGGAGAUAACAUGGAAUAUGAUAAAUAAAAUUGAUCGUUAUGCUAAAAAACUUUCUUAUUCAUCACAAAUUUCCAUUGCUGCAACCGAAAAAUUAUACAAUUCUGGUCUUACAUCAGAACAAAUUUUUUAUGGAUUACCAACAAUGGAUCUUAGUGAUACGGUAAUAAGUAGCAUAUGUCCAGUAAAUUUGAUCACAGAAUGUCCAAUAAGUGAAUAUCGUACAUAUUCUGGACAUUGUAAUAAUGUUAAUAAUCCAUUAUGGGGUGCAUCAUCUGAACCAAUGCAACGUUUCCUGAAGCCAACUUAUGCUAACAAAAUUUCAAAACCACGUAUUUCAAUUAAUGGUUUAACACUUCCAAAUGCGCGACAAAUAUCACAUAAUAUUAUCAGUGAACCAACUGAUCGACAUACCUUAUGUUCAAUGAUGAUUGCACAAUGGGCAAUGUUUAUCCAUGAAGAUAUCAGUCAUACUGGUAUUACCACUCUUUAUGAAGGUGAUAAAUCAAAAUCAUUAUUAUGCUGUAACAAGAAAUACAUUCAUCCAGAUUGUUAUCCAAUUGAAGUGAAUGAAAAUGAUACAACUUAUUCAAAAUUAACACAAUGCUUACCAUAUGUACGAACAGCAACAUUACCACGAGAAAAUUGUUCACUUGGUCCACGGGAGCAAAUUAAUCAAGUGACAUCAUAUUUGGAUGCUAGUCAUAUAUAUGGUAGUAAUAUGGAACGUGUUAAUAAACUUCGUGCAUAUCGAAAUGGUUUUUUACUAACACAACAAAAUUCACGUUAUCAUAGUUUAUUAAGAAAUACAAAUGAUGGUACAUGUACGAGUAAUCGAAGUUCACAACGAUGUUUCUUGUCGGGUGGUGAAUUUACAAAUUUAUUUCCCACACAAACUGCAUUACAUACAAUUUGGUUGCGUCAACACAAUAAUAUUGCUAAACAAUUAAAAUCUAUAAACAUUGAUUGGGAUGAUGAGAAAUUAUUUCAAGAAUCACGUCGAAUUGUUAUUGCACAAAUUCAACAUAUUACUUACAAUGAAUUUUUACCAAUUAUUGUUGGCAAAAAUAAAUUACGACAGUAUGGCAUUAAAUUACAAUAUAAUGAUUAUGAUAGUGAUUAUGAUUUGAAAAUAGAUGCAACAGCAUUAAAUGAAUAUGCAUCCGCGGUUGGAUUAUUCUAUUAUUCACUCUUCCCUGAUCAAAUGUCUUUUUAUGAAAGCAAUGAAGGUGAUCGAAAAAUCGAGAAAUCUUGGAGUGAACUUCUCAAUAAUCCAGGAUUACUUUAUGGUGUGUUAAUUUUAUAA